AUGUCCACUAUUAAAGCUGCAUACAAGCAGGCCCUAAAAGCAGUCAACAUUGCAUUCAAAAACGAUUUGCCAAUUCUCAACGCCGCAAAACAGCAAAUUAAACAACAGAUAUAUGCCAAUCAACACCUCACAAACAAGACUGAGCUAGAUGAAGCCAUAACUAAGCUCAACGAAGUGUCAAAGUUUUUGGUGCAGAAUAUAGUACAGGGAGAACUAAAUGAUGAUGGCCGCUAUUCCUUAAAAUUCCAUGACAAGACGGAAUUGGGAGAUAAUGAGACGAUAAAGCAAACAAAAUCAGAAAUGGGGUCACUAAGCGGGGCAAAGGGAAGUCAUGAAGCUAGAAGAGAUGUCUUGAUCUCAAAAGCACUUUCAUACUUACUACGACACGGAGCUGUCAAGGAGAAACUAACAUUCAAUGAUCAAGGCUACAUCCCGAUUUCCCAAAUACUCUCCCAUCAGCGAUUGAAAUCAUACAAGGCCACCAGACAAGACCUCGAACGUAUUGUAGCCAACAACGACAAACAACGUUUCAAGAUUGAUGCUGAGUCCGAUCUUAUUUGUGCGACUCAAGGUCACUCUAUAAAACAAAUUGCUGGUGAAUUGCAAUUGAUGAGUCGAGACGAGUUGAAAAAUUUGCAUAUUUAUCAUGGCACUUACAGGAAGAAGCUACCCUUGAUCAAAGCAUCUGGUUUGAGUCGAAUGAACAGGAACCAUGUACAUUUCACUUGUGAUGAGUAUCUGACAAUUUCAGGAAUUCGCAAAAGCGCCAAUUGUUUGAUCUAUGUUGAUGUUGAUAGAUGUAUUGAUAAAGGGCUACAGUUUUUUAAGAGUGAUAACAAUGUUAUCCUUUGUCCUGGUGAUGCAAAUGGUGUAAUUGGGUGGGAUUUGGUGGAGAAAGUGGUGGAUAUAUGA